ACCACUUGAAGGAGAAAGAAUUCUGCAACCCCUUGUUUCAAAAGACCUUGGACUAUUUCUGCUGCUCGACUCCCUUCACUCCCUCAUUUUUGUGAACAAAAGAUCCUGAGAGGAGGAUGAGGCAGCUAAGAGGAAAACCCAAAAAAGAGACCUCCAAAGAUAAAAAGGAGAGAAAACAGGCAAUGCAGGAGGCCCGGCAACAAAUCACCACCGUGGUGCUGCCCACGCUGGCCGUUGUAGUACUGCUGAUCGUUGUGUUUGUCUAUGUAGCGACUCGUCCAAAUACAACCGAAUGAUGCAGCUUUUCAGACUUUCUCGCUCUGGGGUAUUAAUAAUUUUAUCAAGAGCCAAAAGGAACUCGCUGCCACUCUUGCAGUACUUUACAAAGAAACUUGCUGGUAUUUUCAGUCUUUCUCUUGGUUAGGGUCCCGCGGUUUCUCUUUAAGAAUGUAACAUAAAACGUAUUAGUGAAUGUGCCAGUACGUUUUAUGGUCCAGUUCAUGUGCCUUUCAAACUUUUAAAAUUGUGUUUUUCUUAAAUCUGUUUGAAGCUCUAUAUUGUAAAAGGAAAUUGUGUUCUGCUAUAAAUUUGUAAAAAAUCAGCUUUCAGCUUUUAUCACUGUUACGGAUAACGUUGCUCCCGUGAGCUCUUGUACGUCUAUUUCAGAACUUCCAAAGAAGUACAUUUCUUCUUUGUACUUAAUGUCAUAUGAAGUGCUUUGAUUCAGAAAGGAUAUAUUUAUUUUUUGAAUAAAAGAGAGAAGUCUUACUUGGAAUCUUCAAAUUAUUUUGCAAAAAAUGUGACUUACUGUGAAAGCCUACAUUGUGUAAUAAUCUUUUCAUUAAACACUGUGU